AUUUUAUACAUACACCGCUAAAAAUAAGUCGCAAAAAGUCCUUAUCAUUAGCUUGAACUGGCGAUGAUUAUGUAACCGAACGGCGAACAAGCAGAUCUUACAUAAUAUUAACCCAUCAUCUUACCUACUUGUUUUGUAAUGCAAAUAGAAUACGUUGCCGGAAAAAGUAAUUUUCCACUUGUCGUUAUCAUUUGUUUUAAUUAACUUAAGAGCUAAUGUCAAUCAACGUCAUUUAGAGCAUUUCGCUGCUAUACUAUAUUUUAUAGAGGUGGUAUGACAUGGAAUAACAAUAUCGCAUGACUUGUUUAUAUAGCCGCUUACAUCUCCCGAUAAACAAGUCUCCAUAGUUGCCGUGCCCCUUAUCUAUUUUAAAUACUGCAGAGAUUAAAGCAUGUGUUAGUUGUCCGUGAUAUUUUGGGGAAGGCAGUCCAUCAACAUGGCUAGUCGCAAAAGAGUGUUUGAUUUAUUGAGGACUGUUAAUCAAGCAGCAUGCAAGUGUCCGGGACACGGUCACCGGGGUAAUGUCCAAGUAUCUAAUGCAACCCCUAUACCAUCCACUGCAUUUGAGAUCAAACACUCAACUGUCCGCUAUGGCCUCGGAGUCACGCAAGAGGUUGGAUACGACUUGGUUAACCUAGGAGCCAAGAGUGUGUGCGUUAUGACAGAUCCGAAUGUCGUUAAGCUGAGUCCUAUGAAAGCAGUGCUGGAAGCACUUACGAAAGCUGGAGUCAACUAUAAGGUCUAUGAUAAUGUUCAAGUGGAACCAACAGAAACCAGUUUCAAGGACGCAAUAAAGUUCGCCCAAGAGAAUGACUUUGACAGCUUCGUGGCGGUCGGUGGAGGUUCCACCAUGGACACUUGCAAGGUUGCCAACCUGCUGUCCUGCUAUCCAGGCUCGGAACUGAUGGACUUCGUAAACGCUCCCGUUGGGAAGGCCAAGCAGAUCGACAAAGUCUUGAAGCCUAUGAUAGCUAUCCCAACUACCAGUGGAACCGGCAGCGAAACGACCGGCGUGAGCAUCUUCGACUGCGAAUCCAUCAAAGCCAAGACUGGAAUCGCAGGCGGCGCACUCCGUCCCCUCCUGGCCAUAAUCGACCCUCUCCACACCCUCACAGUACCGCAAACUGUAGCCAACUAUGCUGGCUUCGAUAUCUUCUGUCACGCCCUGGAGAGUUUCACGGCGAUACCGUAUACGAAGCGAGAGCCUUUUCCGACUCCGGCCGCGAGAUCUCAAGCUUAUCAAGGCAGUAAUCCUAUAUCUGAUGUUUGGGCCAGAUUUUGUCUGCAGACUAUCCACAAAUACUUCGCCCGCGCAGUGUACAACGCAGACGACGUCGACGCCCGUUCAGGCAUGCACCUCGCGGCAACGAUGGCCGGCGUCGGCAUCGGUAACGCCGGUGUGCAUCUCUGCCAUGGACUCGCCUACCCUAUCGCGGCGCGGGGCAAGAAGUUUAUACCGAAGGACUAUGGGAAAAAGCCCAUGAUCCCCCACGGCCUCUCCGUCGUGGUGACCGCCCCAGCAGUGUUCCGCUUCACCGCCGUGAGCGACCCGGACAAGCACCUCGAAGCCGCCAACCUGCUGGGAGCGAACACCACUGGCGUCAAACAGGCUGACGCUGGAAAACUGCUGGCCGAUACCAUACUCAAGUACAUGGAUAUGAUGAAGAUAGAGAAUGGAUUGAAGGCGCUCGGGUUUUCUGGAGAGGAUAUUCCGAAUUUGGUGAAAGGAGCUCUGCCACAGCAACGGCUGUUGAAAAUAGCACCGCUCCCACAAUCAGAAGAAGAUUUAUCAAUGAUCUUAGACGAAUCAAUGACCGUCUUUUAAUAAGAAUAUGUACAUAUGUGAUACAUAAAUGUAAAUGUUGUUAUCGAUGUUUAAAUAAAUAUAUAUUUUUAAUGCACUGCUUCCACAAGCAGAAGAUUUAUUAAUGAUCUUAGACGAAUCAAUGACCGUCUUUUAAUAAGAAUAGGUACAUGUGUGAUACAUAAAUGUAAAUGUUGUUAUCGAUUUUUAAAUAAAUAUAUUUUUUUAAUACGCCGCGCCGCUCACACAAUCAGAAGAUUUAUCAAAGAUUUUAGACGAAUCAAUGACCGUCUUUUGAUAAGAAUACAUAAAUGUAAAUGUUGUUAUCAGUUUUUAAAUAAAUAUUUUCAAUAUUA